GUGCCAGGUUGGUUCGUGGGACGAGCCGGGGGGUCUGACCUUCCUCCCGGGCGCGGAGGUCCGGUUGGCCGGCGGAGAGACCGAGGUGGCCCCGUUCGUCUCGGACCUGAGCAGCAGACACCUGCAGGUGGUGACCAUCGCCGCGCCAGGCUUCGUGGAGGUCUCGGAUGUCGAUCAAGAAGGCAACGUCCUGACGGGGAACGACAGAUUCCAAGGCUUCUGUAUGGACCUGCUGGCCUGGCUGUCGUCAGAGCUCGGCUUCACGUACUCGCUGUACGCCGUGUCAGACGGGGAGUACGGGCGGUACAGGGAGGAGACCGGCAACUGGACCGGCAUGGUGGGAGACGUGGUCUCCGGGACGGCGGACAUCGCCGUGGCCAUCGUGUCCAUCACGUCCCGACGCCAGGCCGUGGGGGACUUCACGCUGCCCUUCUACGCCAACGGCGUCACGCUGGCCAUGCGCAAGUCUCAAACUAGCAAGUCGAACUGGGGUUUCGUGAAGCCGUUCGAGGGUCGGCUGUGGGCCACCAUCCUGAUGACGGCCGUGGCAGUCGCCAUCUUCCAGGGCGUCGCCAACUUCGUCACCAGGAAAAGAGACCCUGAGACUGAGGAGUAUGUGCACCGCGGGAGGGAGAUCCUAGGGACGAACGCGGGGUUCGGAGAGUACAUGUGGCAGUCUUGGGUGCUGCUGGUACAGCUCAGUCCGGACUUCCUACCCAGGUCUCUGUCUGGUAGGUUACACUAA